AUGAUGAGAGAUGGACUUGGAAGCGAUAUACAAUUCCCUUGCAUCGACCUUAAAUAUGAAAAUGAAACGUUUCUGUUAAAACUGGAUGGAAAUGCUCCUAAACUGGAUGGCUUCAUUCAAGGACAAAGAUAUAGAAUUAAAACUGAGAUUGACGAUGACCCUCAGGUACUGUAAAUUAAUGCAAAACCGAAUAUCAUAUUACAUGCUAAAACCGGGACGUAUAAUUUAAUUUCCUUUUGAAUGUUUUUGAAUUCUAUAUGCUUCAAGCAUGCAACUUGUGUAGGUAUGCAAUUUCGUACGUUGACGAUAAUUUGAAUUAAUUUUGAGAUAAAUAGCCUAGUAUAAAAGGAGCCAAUAUAAAUGUUUAAUUAAUAUAGUGACGUCAUAAGUAGGGUUAACCAUAUAAAACUACAUCUAAAUGACCAAAUAACAUUAUGUCUUGUUUGAAAAGUCGUCAGACAGUUUUUUAUUUCAAAUAGUUACUGAAGUACAUGAGUUUGGGCUCAUAAUAUCCAAUUGCCCUAUGGAUAAAAUUAUUGCGUGACCCUGCUUAUGAUGUCACAUGCAUAUCCACCAAAAUCCAAGAUGGCGGAAAGCUCGCUGAUUUGUGAUUUUUUCUGUUCAAAUAUCUCAAGAAAUAAUAAAGUUACGCAAAAUCGGUAAAAGAGAUUAAUAUAUAAUUUUAAAAGUUCUUCCAAAUGAAAUAAUAAAAAAAUAUAUUGCCGUAUCCCUUACUUGUAUUAAAAUUCGCGUCGUACUCAUUUUCGUUCAGCUUUAAUUUAAAUUCGCGCGAUUUAAUUUCGCCCACCUAGCCUGGGGAGACUUAUUCACGCAGCUUUAAAUUGGCACAAGUAAAUUUCCGUGUUCGUUCGUAUUUGGUUUGUUUGAUAGAACUAUUAACAAUUGACGCAUUUAUAAUUAGUAUUUUUUGUUAACAAAUACUUCAAUAUUUGUUAAAACUUAAUUAAAAAACGAUUAGGUGCCCUCAAAAAUUGGCUUCCAAAUUAUGUAAUGUAAGCAAAAUUCAUGAUAACAAUUAUUAAAACGUGAGUUCUAAUACCAACAAGAACUAAAAAAUUUAUUGUUUGGUUCUCAUUUGCCUAAAGCGGAUUUCCAGUCCUCGCACAAAGCUCCUCGCAGCUCGCUGCGAGUGCAUGCAUGAGCACUUUCAUCCAAUCACAAUGCUAAACAGUUAAUUUUAAUUAGAUGCAAGCACUCGCAGCGAGCUGCGAGGAGCUUCGUGCGAGGACUUCAAAACCUCCUUUAAUGUGAUAACAUAACGCAAAUAGUAAUGCAAAUCAGUUAAUAAAUCAACCGAUUUACGUACAUUACUAACAAUGAGUGUCUCAUAUUACACCACAAAGCUUUUCGCGCGGAUUACAUUCGCGCAGUACUAAAAUUCACGCACCCAGCGCUGCGCGAUUUCUAGUACUGCGCGAAUUUUAAUAGAAGUAAGGUAACUAAUUUUGCAUGCACUAUAUAAAGAAUCAUGCUUUCUUGUCAUUAUUACAGGAAGACCCAAGUUGUUUCUCAGUUGAAGUGUGUAGUCUUCUGCAUGCAGUAAUUAUAAUUUCUAUUUAUCAUCCAAAAACAAUACUUUUAAGGUUGAUGUUGCAUCUUCCCGUGUGCCGCACACAAAAUUGAAUUUAUCAUAGAAAGCCAUUUACAGAACUUGAUUUUAAAAAAUACUAGCAAUUUAAGUGAUACAGAGUCUGUUCAUAAGAACAUAAGGAUCUGCUAUUUCUUUAUUGAAAAGUCUCUUACUUCGGUUUGCCUUCCGGUGGUAUACAAUCUUGCAUGCUCUGUCUUCAUGACUUAUUUUUGUAAACAUACGUACUACGUGCAGUAUAUAUAGGAUAUUAGAUGAUGGCGAGGAGAUAUGGAUUUUAUGUUCGAGUGGCAAAAACGAUAUCUCGCGAGUGAGCGCAGCAAACGAGUGAGAUAUUGUUUUUCACACGAAAACUUAAAUCCUUUAUCUUCUCGCAACCGUUUAAUGUUUUGUUUAUUAUAAAUGGACAUAUUCAGAGUCACAAAAAUACACGCAAAGAAGACAUGUGAAUAAGCACGCGAAAGACCAGUAUAAAAGUGAUAUUAAUAGUGCAAACAUAAAACUAGAAUAAAUAUUACUUAUCUCAAGAUGUCUUUUAAAUGUUUUCGUUUUAUUUCCAACGUUAAUUUUGUUUUAUAUACGGAUCAAAGACCAUUUGUAUUUUCAAAACAACAACAAUGAAAAUGGCGGGAAAUUUUCGAGUUUCGUAUGUCACUCGCAGGGUGGAAAUACGGAAAAUACGCGCAUCUGCUCCGGGAUGUAGUGACGUAUGAGUCCUGCGAGUGUUUUAGUUUCCAGUAAAACAGCAUUGUAACCAUACUUUUUGCCCAUACACCAUAACUUUAUGUCCAUUUUUCAGGACGAAAUUAGUGACGACAUUCGAAUUUCGAAAUUAGUUUCAGAAAUUGAAACCCAUCUAUCAAAGUCGUUAGAAAAUUUGAACACAAAAAAGGGUGAAAAACAAUUGAUCGCUGACUUCUGGUGUCAUUUUGGAAAAUGUCUUGUUUACUGUGUUGAUGAAGGUAAUGACAAUAGAAACACGCGUAAGAUGUAAUGCAACAAAAGAUGUAAUGUAUAACAUGUUAAUUAGGGGCCGUUCACACUACAGGGUGUAUAAAAAAAAACUGAACAGAUUUGAAAUUGCUCUCAAUUUCGCUAAACACCUACUUGAUCCGUUUUUUAAUAUAUAUAGCUUCUUUGGGUACUUGUAAUGUAGAAUAAUGAAAAAAAUUUCUUGAACUCAAAUUUUGUGAACCAGGGGGGGGGGUGUCUUUUCCAACAAAUUAUAAAUGGCUCGCGCACAAAAUUUAAAUGCUGUAAUCGUAUUUUGAGUUAAUAGUGGAAUACUUGUCCGGUUUUUAAAUACUGUACAAAAUUUCAGACAAUUUGGUUUAGUUUAAGCCCUUUUACUAUUCACGCAAAGUUACGUUUUUCCUAAAAAUCAGCUAUUUGCAUGCUUAAUUAAUGCCUUUGCCUAAUUUGCAUUAAGGCAUUAAUUAAGUAUGCGAAAGGCUGAUUUUUUAGAAUAAAAUGAAUAGUUAAAGGGCUUAAACUAAAUCAAAUUGUCUGAAAUUUUAUACAGUAAUUAAGAACCCAACAAAGUUUCCACCUAUUAACUCAAAAUACGAUUACAGCUUUCAAACUUUGUGCGCGAGCCAUUUUUAGUUUGUUGGAAAAGACCACCCCCCUCCCCCUGGUUCACAAAAUUUGAGUUUGAGAAAUUAUAUAUAUAAAUAUAUAAAAAACCGGAUACAAAUAGGUGUUUUGCGAAAUUGAGAGCAAUUUCAAAUCUGUUCAGUUUUUUUUUUAUACACCCUGUAUAGCAAUUUAGAUAGAUCCGAAAUCGAUUCUGUGCUGUAUCGAGCCAAGUGUUGGACAACCUAAAACAAACUGAGAUGGAUUCGAGAUCGAUUUAAACUAACCCCCCACGAGAGGUAGUCUCGGAUCGGUUCACGCUUUCCAACUGAUCUACUUUCUUGCUUAGUAACCUGGCAUUUUUUUCUCAUGAAAGUUGAGAAAUACUCGUUAUUUCCUUUAUAUUCUCGUGUAAAAUAUCCAGUGACCUAUCCACUUAUAAUAUAAUGUGUUGGAACUUUCUUAGAAUGGCCAAACGAGGAGAAACAUGGAGUUAUGACGAGGUCUUGCCGCUAAUAGACCUUACCGUUUAUUGACGUUUGACCCAAUGGUGUCAGGUAUUUACUUGUGUUUCGUGCAGAAUAGAGUUAAAAAGCAUACUUGUUAUUGGGCUUAAGAUGAACCAGGAACCAAUUCGUGAAGGAAACAUGGGAAUAUAACCGUCAUGUGCACCUGUCAUGCCAAAACUGGGAAACACGAAAACGAGGCCAUUGGGAUAAAAGUGAAUAAACGGUAAGGUCUAUUAAUAUUUGAAGUCAGGAGAAACGUUUACAAAUGCUGGCAACGAGUUGCAAAAACGCGGAUAUCUACCGCAAAAUGAGCGAGUUCACAGAUGGAUGCGCUGGGAUAUAAUCCCGAUUCAAAACGAUGUAGAGCAAAGGUUAAACAUUUGAAAAAUAAGCACAACCAGAGGCUAUUGGAGCUGAUGGAGGCUAUUGGAGCUGAUUGAUUCAUCAAGUUCAACUGAAACUAAUAGAAACCCAGGCAAGUAGACUGAAAAGUUAUUCUUUGAUAAUUUAUCUACAAUAUCUUUAUUGGCUGUUUAAAUUUCUUUCGUAUAUUGAAGGUAUCAGUGCCUGAGGGACUAAGCAAAAUGGAAUGGCCUAUUGUGCUUUUAUGGUUUUACUUUAUGCAUGUUGCUAAUAUUAUAUUGUAUACCAAUAAUUAAGUAUUUGAUUACUCAAAAUACAUACUUCAUUCUAAACAGAAACAUCUAUAUGUCUUAAAAAUUCUAAUUUUCUAUUCUAUUUCAUAAUUUUUAGAGUUUGAAUUAAUACAAAAAUAUGGAAAAGGGGAGAAACUGGAAAAGAAUUGAAUUAUUUGUGGAAGUACAACUAACAUUCGAACAGCUGGUCUCCAUGUUGGUGAUGGUAUAGAAGUAUUGGUGUGUUCACUGAGCUUGAUGAAUUUGAAUGUUUCUCUUGUGGUUUUACAAUACCAGGUAUGAUACAAUCUCUAUACCAUACUAAAAGGAGAUUAGGUAUGCAGAUUUAAGAUAUAUGAUCAAUAUGGUACUCAAGCAGUGUGAGAAAACCUGAGGUUAUGCAGUCGUCAUAAUCUAUUGCAAGAAUUAGUGUUUCACUCAUCAACAGUCAUUUUAGUUAAGAAUUAUUCGCCGAAGGCGAGGUGAUUAUCUGUGAAUAAAAACCGAGACUAAGCAAUUUCGUUCCCCGAGCCUGCGAUCCUCGGGAAGGAACCGAAGGCUCUGGGAUAAUCCGUUUCAGGGAGGAAUCUGAUUGGCCAUUGAUAUGGAAUGCGUAGUUCAAUCUUAGCCAUGAUUCUUGGCUUCCGGUAACGGAUUAUCCCAGAGCCUUCGAUUCCUUCCCGAGGAUCGCAGGCUCGGGGAACGAGAUUGGAGACUAAGUCGAGGUUUUUAUUCACGAUAAUCACCGAGCCUGAGGUGAAUAAUUGUUUUAGUAUAAUUUCAUGGGUGAUUAUUUGGAAACAAAUUUAAAAAUGCACAUUUCUUCGUCUUUUAAUUGACAAAACGGCUUCGGCCGCCAGUUUGAAAGUCGCUUAGGUGAUUAUCGCGUAAUAAUCACCUCAACGGUAACCAAUCAGCGUGGAGAAUUUUUAAUAAUCACCUAUGUAAUUAUACUAACAUGUUUUAAUGCAUUGCCUGUGAUGGGUCACAAUUUUGAAUCUGAUACACCUCACAUUUCCCGGAAAUAUAGGAGAUGCGGUAAUUUCCAAUAACAAGCGCAUCAUUAGCCUGCGUGGCAGGCCCAUUAAAUAUGGGCCUGCAACAAUCUUAAGGAAAUUCGUUAUUUCUUGCCCGUGAGAAGACGAGAAAAUCCUAUUUGCUAAAAUAAUAAUAUAUGCCAAAAUACGCAUAAAUUUUAUAGAACCGUCUGUGGCGCAACGUUUAUACGCUUUCAAUAAAAGCGUAUAUUUUUGAAAGAGUACCGUGAAUUUGGGUUUUAAACGAAAAACUUAACAGCUGCAAAUCGUUGGGAUGUUUUGGCAGGUUUUCUCAUUGGAUAUCUGCCUUGACAAGUAGAAGAGCAUGGAUACAAACCCAUGCUCGUGUUGAUAUUUCUCUAAAUAAUACAGCUAUACCCGAUCAAUUUGAAAUAUUGUUGACAAAUUAUUUAUCCUAUUAGUAAAGUUUGGAAUACAUGUCGCUUUAUGUAUUUUUAUGAAACUUACUACUCGAUCUACAAACGUUGCUGUUAUGUUAUUAUGAGUUUUACAGCAGACUACAAUGUACAGUGCAAUUUACAGUAGCUUGUAUUGUGAUAUAUUUUGAGAGUUAAGAGUUUGUUAUUGUCAAUUUAUAAACGUUAUUACUGUUCAGCCGUUGCAAUUUUGAAACAUAUAUUCGCUCAUAGCUGGUCAUAUUUGUUUGAUUUUGAAAUUUAUUGUAAUGUUUGGACCUAAGAUGGUAUUGUCUUCCUUUUGAUAUAAAUAUAUUUUUGAGUUCCGUUCAUUAUUAAUACGUAAAAAUAGUCAGUGUUGAGUAACGGCAUUUAAACUGAAAUUUGCUGUGUUGGUGUAAUGUACUCAGGUGAAUAAGAUGCUUGUGUGAUGUUACUCUGAGUGUAUAUCCACACGGGCAGGCUUGAAAAAUAUGCCCGACCACGGUGGGAUUCGAACCUACGACCUUUGGAAUACUAGCCCAAUGCUCUGCCAACUGAGCUACGCGGUCAGGCCAACUGAGCUACGCGGUCAGGAAGCAUUGGGCUAGUAUUCCAAAGGUCAUAGGUUCGAAUCCCACCGUGGUCGGGCAUAUUUUUCAAGCCUGCCCGGUGUGGAUAUACAUUCAGGGCAUUUAAACUGUUUAUCAAGUCAAAAUGUUUUGUUCUUGUGAAUUGUAUCACAUACCAAUGUACCAAACCGGCAUUGCCUGUGUAAAUUCUGUUUUAUUUAUUCCAAAAGUAAUUUAAACUGCCAAUUUUUUAAAAGUUUGAAUUCUCGAGCUACUGCAUAUGAACUACAACAGUAAUAAGUAUAUUAGUCAUUACUCACACUGCAUUAUCACACACACGAAUUUCAGAGAAUAUGAUUGAUUUGAUUGGAAAUAAAUUAUCAUGGUAAUUAGUGGGCGGUGAUCAAAUUUCCUUGAGAUUGUUGCAGGCUCUCCUUUCAAUGAGCUUGCCACGCAGGCUAGUGCAUCAUAGACCAACAGUUAAAAUAUUUUAUUCCUAUAACUUUAUUUUUAAAAGUUGAUGAUGAUCCUGAUAGUCACAAUAAUGAUAAUGAUGAAAAUGAUGAUGAUCAGGCCACAGAAUUAACGUCUGAGUUAGAAAAACUUUCUUGCGACAAUGUCCGACUCUGA